AUGCAACAACAACAACAACAGCAACAAUCAUCGGGAUCUCAAGCUUUAUCAUCUCAAUAUCCUAUCAGACAAUUCAUACCACCUAAUCAAUCUAAUCUAACUCCACAACAGCAUCAACUCUUACAACAACAAAGAUUAUGGUCAGAUUCUCAACAACAACAACCUCAACAACCACAACAACUCUUUGGUCAUUCGAAUCUAAAUAACAAUUCGAAUAUGGGUCCACCUACAAAUUUAUCUCAAUUAACUCCUCAACAAAUUCAACAUGCUCAACAACGUAUAGCUAGUGGUGGCGCUCAAAUGCUAGCUCAACAAGCUCAAUCUCCGGCUCAUCUUACUGCUUUAGCUCAAAUGAGAGCUGUCACUGGAUUUCCUGGUAAUCCAGCAGCACUGAAUCGAGUACCUAAUAUGCCAGCAGAUGUACAAUCAAUGGGUCCUAACUCUUACGGAGCUAACGCUGAUCGACUCAAAGCUAUACAAAUGUUACAAGCUCAACAUGAAUACCAACAUCAACUUCAACAGCGUGAGCAAUUACAAGCUCAAGCUCAAGCACAAGCACAAGCACAAGCUCAAGCUCAGGCUCAGCAACUUCAACACCACCAGCUUCAACAACAGCAACAGCAAGCCCAUCAACAGCAACAGCAACAAGCCCAUCAACAGCAACAACAACAGCAUGCCCAUCAACAACAACAGCACCUUCUUCAGCAGCAACAGCAACAACAACAACAGCAGCAGCAGCAGCAACAGCAGCAACAGCAGCAACAGCAGCAGCAGCCACAACAACAGCAACAACACGGUCGAAUAACACCAAGUCAAGCAAACCUCGCUCAAAACAUCUCUAGACCAGGCUCGCAACCCUCUCAGAACGGCUUUGCUCAGACACCAGCUGGAGUUCGACCCAUGCCCAAUUCGAAUCCGGGGGUCAGACAAGGUGUGAUGCCACCACCUCUCCUUCAAGGUCUCGUCCCAUCUCGGGACCCCUCUCAGCAACAACAAGCUGCACAGCAUCAACAGCAACUUCAACAACAACACCAGAUCGCUCUCGAACGCGAGCGGCGAACUCAGUUGCAACUACAGCAACAACAACAACACGCCGUUCAGCAAGCCGCUCAACAGCUUAUGAGACAAUCGCCGGAGCAUACUCAAGCUCAUCUUAACAUGCAUCCGCGUCAACACCUUCAUCAACAUGUCAAUCAGCUAGCUCAACAAAGCCAAGCUCAAGCUCUUCAAUCUAGAAUGAACUCCUCGCCUCAUCAACCUAAUCAACCUAAUCCACUUCAGCAACAAACCCAAUCUCCUCAGCAAGCUUUCGCUCAACAACAGCAGCAAGCCAUGACACCUCAACAAGCCAUGAUGUUUGCAAGACAGAAUCAUGCCUCCGGCUCUACCCCACUACCUGGUCAAUCUCCCGUUCGACCUCCGUUUGCCCGUCCACAUUCUCAAGCCCAAAAUCCGUCUCAAAACGAUCCGGCCCGUCCGCCUUCACAAGCUAGUCACGUUCCCGCUCACUCUCAACAGUCGCAUUCUCCUUUCCCUUCAGGUGCAAGUCAAGGUGGGACAACACCUCAGACUCUGUUCAAAAAUUUACCUGUCAAUACGACCCCAGGUCAACAGCCUGCUCGAUUACCUGCUCCACCUUCUUCCGAUCCCAAAUGCGAAGAACCCAAUCGAACGCUUGAGUUACAGCAGGCUCAUCCAUCACGUCUCAUGUAUCAUCCGGACCAUCUUUCAAGUCAAGUUCCAUUAUCGGCUGCUCAGAGACAAAUGAUCAAUCAACAUCUGCAACAGCAACUCACACCUCAACAGCAAAUGCAACUGCGAGAGCAACAACUUCAAUUCCAACAACAGGCUUCACCUGCUCAGGUGCAAGCUGCUGUUCAGGCUCAUGCAGUGGCUCAGCAACAUGCCGCUGCUGCCAGAGCAAGAGCUGAGGCGAUGGGAAUGCGAAACCCUUCUGAGGCUGAAGUUCGCGCCAUGGAAGCAGCACAAGGCAAUAUGCAAAACGCGGUAUCACAACAGCAUCUUCAACAAUCUUCGCUCUCCAAUCAAGAACAAACAAACCUUCAGCAGUCUACGCAACCAUCAAACGCUGCUGCUCAACAGGCUCUUCAGAACGAGCGCAUGGCCAACAUUCAGCAACUGCAACAAUUUCGGGAGGCUUCCAAUCAGCAGCAGCAGCAGCAGCAACAACAACAACUUCAACAGAAACAGCAGAUGGCACAACAACAACAACAAAACGCUACUCAUCCUCAACCCACGCCGUCAGACGAUCAACCUGCUUUGACAUCGCCUUCACCAUCUGUGAAUCUUCAACAGCGACAAUCCGUCCAACAGUAUAUGCAACAACGCGAGGAUUCGCAAGCUGCGCGUGAGAAACAGUCUUCUCAACCACCUCAAUCACAAUCACAAGCCCAAAUGACACCGAGACAACGAUCGGAGCAGCCCCAGGCAAUGAAUUCUGCUUCCUCACCCGCCUCCUUCCAAGCCAUGCGAUCAGCCGGACCUUCUCAGACUCCAAUGAUGACAAACGGCAUGAUACCUGGAUCAUCAAGACCCCCUGGUGGAAAUGUUGGAGAGUCAGGAAUAGUAGCUAAUUCAUCGGGUGAGAUGAGUACAAGUCCAUCAAGGACAGGAACAGAUGGAGCUAGAGAACUUGAUAAGAAACCAAUGUUGAUUCAACAUGCACCAUUUCAAAUCGGAGGAUUUCAACCAUCAACAUCGUUUUCAAAUAAUAGUGAAAUCACUCAUAUAGCUGAUGCUGGAUUAAUGAGACUUUAUAAAUUCUUUGAUCGUGUUUCAAGGAUAGGUCGACAGGAGGAUCCAAUGAAUUAUAUUCGUCAACUUAUUUCUGAUUUCUUUACUGAUACUGCGAAUUUCAAGAUUUCACUGUGGGAUCAAAAGACGGAGCAUAACAAAUCAUUUGAUAUUCCUGUCUCUGCACUGGGUCGAUUUUUCUACAUCUUCUUUGAUGCUGGAGCGGUAUCGAUGACACCUAUACUUGAUAAUCCUGUUGAACUGGCGCUAUAUUCACCACCGUCCAAAAACGCCGAAGGACGUCACAUUCACGUUGGAUAUGCGUUAGAUUGUGAAGAAUGUACAUGGUCCAUCAAAUAUCGUGAAGGGAUCAAGGUAGAUAUCGCUGGAAAAAUGAGCGCAAAUAUGUAUAAGUGCAAUGUUCCAACUCAAAGUCACGAUGGGGGUGAGAUGUCGAUGAAGGAAGUAUUGAAGUUAGAUUCAUUUGAGUUUAUCGGUACUUCACAUGUUGAAUGGAUCUCUAGAGGAGCUUUGGUAACCGAAACGAUUGAUCGAUUGAUUUCACCGCCUCCGAAUCAAUCAUCACUUCCUGAUCCAUUAAUACCAUUACCACCACCUACCACUGAAUCUAAUAAUCCAACACCAUCACCUAAACCAACGAAUUCUAAAAGAAGACAAUCUGGAAGUGCAGCAGCGAGAAAACGGAGUCUAGCAUUAGCAGAAGAAGAAAGAAAAAUGGCAGAAGCUCAACAAGCUGUUGCAGUGGCUGCUGCUGCUGCUGCCGCUGCUGCUGCUAUCAAGACGGUCAAAUGGGAAUCUCAAAGGGUUCCGAUGAGCCCAGUUGGUACAUUCGGAAUUCCUGAAAAAUCAAUGAGGUGUUUAGAAUUAAUUGAGAGUGUGGCUCAAUUAGCACCACUGAUGGGUUUUGCAGUUGAUAAUAAUUUGUCACCAUUAGUACUAGUACAUGUAUCGGUAGCUCUAAUCCAUUACCGUCUUUUCAAAAUCCUAUUACAAAAAAUAGAAUCUCUGCGGCAGUAUACAGAGCGAUACCGACAACAGAAAUCAGAAGAAACAGGAUCGAAAGCAGGAGGUGGCGGAGGUGGUGGGACCAUAGAAGAAACCAAUCAUUCUGGAACGAUCGGUGGACAACCGAGUGGAAACCCAAACUCAUCACCAUCACCAUUAAACCGUCAAGCUAGUACUCCGCCCGGAGCAGGAGGAAAUGGAGGAGGAGGUUCAUCAUCAACUUAUACUGGUUUACCACCGAUCGUACCACCCACUACUACUACUAAUGAAAGUAAUGAUGAACCUUAUAUACAUGCUGGUAGUCUUUAUCCUGAACAUCAAGUUAAAAAUGAAGAAAACAAUAAUGGGAAUACUAAUAGUAAUAUUAGUACUACAAAUAAUAAUAAUAACAGUAGUAAUAAUAAUAAUAAUGUUAAUACAGAUGGUGAAGGAGGAGGAGAAGGAUCGAAUAGUUUGAAACGUAAAGCUUCUUCUAGUGAUGAUGGGCAUGACUAA